GUUGGAGUUAUACACCACAACUGUACCCCAGAAUUCCAAGCAAACGAAGUUCGCAGGGUCAAGGUUGAAACUUUAAUACAUUAAUUACAUAUUAUAAGAGUUUUAUACGGAUACUAGCUGAAUGCCCUUGUCUCGCUAACGUUUUUGGAGUGAAUCGACAUUACAAUAAGUUCAUAAGUUAUAUGAACAGUCAAAGUAUGUAAAACAAUAGGCUUUCUUUCUUUGGACAUAUAAAGUGCAACAAAUGAGUCAGUAUGAUGAGCUAGUCGAGUAAUUUUCUUUCCGUAAUGGAAAUUGAUAGUCUUGAAUUGUAGGUCCGCCAAACAUCGGAUUAUUUGGUUGAAUCCCUUUGUGUGCAACGCCAAACUCUAGAAGUAAGUGUACGUAACCAGGCAAAUGACUUGGUUAGAUGGACGUAACCAGACAACUGACUUGCUUAGAUGGACAUAACCAGGCAAAUGACUUGGUUAGAUGGACAUAACCAGGCACAUUACUUGUUUAGAUGGACAUAACCAGGCAAAUGACUUGUUUAGAUGGACGUAACCAGGCAAAUUACUUGUUUAGAAGGACGUAACCAGGCAACUGACUUGGUUAGAUGUACGUAACCAGGCAACUAACAUGAUUUGAUGAACGUAACCAGACAACUGACUUGGUUAGAUGUACGUAACCAGACAACUGACUUGGUUAGAUUUACGUAACCAGGCAACAGACUUCGUUAGGUAUUUAAGAAAUUUCCCGAGUAUGUAUACAUUGUCAUCAUCUUCCUUUAAAUUCCAAUAUUCUAUUUUGAGAAGGAAGUUUGAGAAACCUUCUGCCUUUCGAGGGGGGUAACCCUCAUGUUGACUCGCAGGGAUCGGACUUGCACUUUAGGUCAUAGAUGGGAUGACUUAAGAAAGACUUACACCUCAUCAGCACCCAAGGGUUCCCAGGGGAAAGACGGGUUGUUUCUGCCUAAAAUCACCGGCCAGUAACAUAAUAAUCCCACAUAUUUUACUUCUCUAGAUGUGCUGAAUCGUUCUAUCAAAAUCGUUUAUUCCGCCAUGUUGCCAUGAUGCACUCAUCCCAAACAAUCCUCUUGAUUGUGAGCCUUGGUGCACUCAUCUUAAACAAUCUUUUCUGGUUGUGAGCCUUGGUGCACUCAUCUUAAAAAAUCUUUUUUUUUUGUUAGCCUUGGUGCACUCAUCUUAAACAAUCCUCUUGUUGUGAGCCUUGGUGCACUCAUCCCAAACAAUCCUCUUGUUGUGAGCCUUGGUGCACUCAUCUUAAACAAUCAUCUUGUUGUGAGCCUUGGUGCACUCAUCUUAAACAAUCAUCUUGUUGUGAGCCUUGGUGCACUCAUUAAACAAUCCUCUUGUACUCCGGAAGUACCUAGGCUGUUUUACACUGCUUUGAAUUUUCGCACAUGUAAUCUCAUAGCCAUAUCAGUUGCGAGGCAGUUUAAAGGCAGAGUGAGCUGUCCUUACUAUUUUCUUGUCAUUUCUUACGUUAUCACAGCGGUUCUCAACCUGUGGGUCGCGACCCCUUUGGGGGUCGCACGACUCUUUCCCAGGGGUCGCCUAAGACCAUCUGAAAACACAUAUACUCUACAGUUAUGAAGAAGCAACGAAAAUAAUUGUGUUGGUGGGGGUCGCCACAACAUGAGGAACUGUAUUAAAGGCUUGCGGCAUUAGAAAGGUUGAGAACCACCGCGUUAUCAGAUGAAACAAAAACUUUUUUCAUGUGCCAUCUGGAGCGCCAAGAAAAAUUUGCCGUGAAGAAUCUGAACCAAGGCCACCAACGGCAUCUUGAUAGACUUGAUUUGAUCAGCGUAGAUUUUUUUUCUCCAAAGUUUUGGAGAACUGAUUCAGAAAGUCCCCUCAAGUUUUCACGAAUAACAUUGACUAAGUUCAGAACAUGAGACGGACGUCGAAGGAAGGUCAGACUGGUCAAUUGUUCGGUUAAACAGUGAAAAUAUUACAUUUUCUAGGAGAAUAAAUCUUUCAAAAGGUCAUCAACAAAAAUUGCUGAAUCAAAGUUUCUCAACUAAUCUCGACACCAAAACUCGCCCCAAAAACAUAAUCCAAAACAUGUUCCGAAACAAAACCAUUUGCAGUAACCAUGUUACGAACAUUGGAGAUUUCAGGCCACUUAAAGGAUAUUUAACCCCCCCCCCCCCCCCCCAACCAACAAAAACAUGUUGGUGACCCCCUAACGCAUGAGGAGAAACAACAUGCAACAUUUCAACUGCAUGGGGCUUGGUCUUGAAAUCUCCUGACAUUCUUAUUCUUUUCUUUUUUCGCAUAUUCAAGUAAUGGGUGGAAUAGACAUAGAUCAUGUCAAUUUCAUCUAUAAUUUUGGGAAUGUUUUUUUUUUUUGUUGUUGUUGUAGUGAUGAAGGCAUUUCUCGAGCCGUUAAAAUGUGUAUAUUGUGUCAUCAUAAUUAAAGUUAGGAUUUAAAGUUUUAUUUAUACACAAUUUGUUUGUGUCUCAUUUAUCAACAUUCUAAAGUAGCAUUCUGGGAAUGAUUUAAAAAUGAUGUUAUCUGUUCGUUGCUGUAGGAGCACAAGCGUGGCUACAUCUUUGAGCCUACUAUCAUGUCUCCGACACGCUCACUGAAAGAUGCCGACCAGGCGUGCAGGCGAUUUGAUUUUUCUGGAAUCGUCAUAACUGAACAUGGACAGAAAGGAGAGAAGCUGGUGGGCAUGGUAACUAAGAGAGACUUGAAAGCCAUUCCACAUUAUAGCUAUAAUGGGUCGAUGACUUUAAACGAGGUAUGUGAAUAAAUCUAUUAUUGACACACGUUGUCUCUCGGAUGAUUAAAUAAUUUGAUCUAUUAUCUCAAAAAAAAGAGCCAGCGAUUUAGGCAUUUACUUAGAUUUGUCUUUGUGUAUUCGAAUACUUAUAUAUUCGAUAUACAGUUUAAUUGUCCUCGUUGAAGUUAGGCAUUGACCUGAGAUUUGUUUUUGUGUAUACGAAUACUUAUAUGGAUAUAGAAUGUUUUAGAUGUUCUAAUCUUGUUGAAUUAAUAGCACCAGAAGUUUAUUUCUUGUAUCACAUACAGAUAAUGACGCCUAAAGAAAACCUCACCCUGAUAAAUGUUUCACAUAAUCAAUUUAAUGUCAUUGAUCACGUCUGGGAGG